UUGUGUGGGCAGGAAAUUUCGGCCAUCUUGGAACUAAGUUUGUAAUGAGUUGAGGUGGAAAACCAGGGGUUUACAUGUUUAUUAUUGGAUUCUGCACCAUACCAAUGGUUUGUGAUGUGGCUAGUUUGUCACUACAAGCUUGUUAGGUGUGAUCAUACGACAGCUUCAGCAGUAAAUGCCGAGAGGAGCGACAUCUGUGCAACAUCGGCGUGGUCUUCGCUUGUUAAAGAUUGGAACCGGAAGGAUUGUAGCCCUUGUCGAUUUGUGGGUGUUGUUUUUUUUGCCUUAGAAACGUAGGCUGCACUGCUCCUUGUAACGUCCACCGGCAGUGAGUGAAUGUUUCUCUCGAUCGUUUUCAGUGUUUCUGGUGGCACAUACUGACAGUGCCUAGUAAUUGCGUGUGCCGUGAUCUCAUGUGUUGCACUUGUAUUUCGGAAUAACACUAAGCAGACUAAAACAGGAACACUCCUGUUCUUCGCUGAAACUGUCUUACAUCUGAUAUGGCAGUGGCGCCUACAGAGACUUUUUUUUGCUGCUGACUGGUGUAGUGGGGAAAGGUGUGUUGGAGAACACUUCCUGGCUUCCAUGGUAAGAGGAAGUGGAAAGUGGGACCUAACUGGCCACACCACUUCCAUUUCUUCCUGGGCCCGCUGUUGCCGCCACCUCUCAUUCCUAUCUGUGCAGAGAGUGCAGCAAUGUCCUCAACCAUGAGAACAACAUUACAGACUGUGCCUGAAUCCCUGCCAGCUGACCAUGUCAGCAAUACAAAGACGUAGCAGCACCGUUCGCGACGGGCGCUGCCGAGUGAACUGGCUGGAGAAGACGGCCUUCGAGAUCUGCCUGGGGAACAGCGCCAUCUUGUGCUGGGCGGCAGCUCCGGUGUCGUGUCCUUCUAUGGUGCUGGCCUGAGUAACGUUCGCCCGUAACAGGGCCUGGAUCACCGAGGUAUUACUACUUGGCAGCCACAAAAACCGCGCCGCCAGUUCAGUGAGGCCGGUGGCGUUCAGUUUUCGUUGCGUUGCGUGUAGCGUCAUCGGGCUGCAGUGCACCGUCUGGCGACCGUGUGAAAUGCUCUUGUCCUCAGGAGAGUCUGCAGUGAUAUUUGGAAAUCGCGUAGAUAGUUACUUUCCAGAUUACAUUAGUUUCUCUCUUUCGCCGGACCUUAAAAAAACUGUGAAACUUGUUCAUUCUUAGCAAGUCCUGACAUCGUUACGCACUGUUCCUAAUAUUAUAUUUGAAGAGUGCUAGCGCUGGCGGAGUUUUGUGAGUGAUUUUGACAUUGCUUCGUAUUGCGUGAGAAGACAUUUGAUCGCUCCAGGUUUUGUUAUAUUGACAUCGAAUUUUCGUAUGCGGUACUUUUAGUGACGUAAGUACUGUGUAGCAGUGAAUUAUUUUUCACGGUGUGCACAGGCGUUAUUAUUGUGUCCAGUUUCUCGAUCAUAAUUUCGAAGCCAGUGGUGGGAAUUUCCGGUGUCUCAGUGUGUAGUGUUUAUAAUGUGCUAGAGAAUGGAGUAAACGCAGAGUGAGAGACUCGCGAACUGAAAAUGGAGGACGUAGAACUUCGUAGCAAGUUGGUUCCGGGACGGCUGUCACGUCCCGCCUCUCAUUCGGAAGAUGUCCGCCAGCACCGCCACGUGGACGACGUGGGGUGCGCUCCUCUGGGCCGUACGCCUGAAGUAGAACGGCUGGCCGAGGCUGCAGCGGAGGCGACCCGCGGAGCGGACGCGGACGACUUGCCGCCCCCCGCUCCCUUCACCAGGCGCGCUUCCGACCGGCCGCGCUACCGGCCCGCCGAGCUGCCGCGCCCGCCUCCCAGGGCCCGCGCGCCGCCCAGCGUCGCACAGACGGGUGAGAGUGCGUCAUCAGCGAGUCGUGUAUCAUCGCGCAGCCGUACAGCCGAUGAGCCACAUAUUGGGAAGUACAAGUUGCUCAAGACCAUUGGAAAAGGAAAUUUUGCCAAGGUCAAAUUGGCCAAGCAUGUGCCCACUGGAAAAGAGGUAGCCAUAAAAAUAAUUGAUAAAACACAACUGAACCCUGGAAGCCUGCAAAAGUUAUUCAGAGAGGUUAGGAUAAUGAAAAUGCUAGACCAUCCAAACAUAGUAAAAUUGUUUCAAGUGAUUGAAACCGAAAAGACUCUGUACUUAGUGAUGGAAUAUGCAAGUGGAGGGGAAGUUUUUGACUACUUGGUCCUGCAUGGUAGGAUGAAAGAAAAAGAAGCAAGAGCCAAAUUUAGACAGAUUGUUUCUGCUGUGCAGUAUUGUCAUCAGAAGAAAAUCAUCCACAGGGAUUUGAAGGCUGAGAAUUUGUUGCUGGAUAGCGAAAUGAACAUUAAAAUAGCUGAUUUUGGAUUCAGUAAUGAAUUCACACCUGGGAACAAAUUGGACACUUUCUGUGGCAGCCCACCAUAUGCUGCACCAGAACUUUUCCAGGGAAAGAAGUAUGAUGGACCAGAAGUUGAUGUGUGGUCUCUGGGUGUGAUAUUAUAUACAUUAGUGAGUGGAUCACUGCCAUUUGAUGGCUCUACGUUGAGGGAACUUAGGGAAAGGGUGCUGCGGGGAAAAUACAGGAUACCUUUCUACAUGUCAACAGACUGUGAAAAUUUACUCAAGAAAUUCCUGGUACUAAAUCCUGCUAAAAGGGCAUCAUUGGAAAACAUAAUGAAAGACAAGUGGAUGAAUAUGGGUUAUGAAGACGAUGAGCUUAAGCCAUAUGUCGAACCAGAGCCAGACUUCAAGGAUCUGAAAAGGAUAGAAGCCUUAGUUAGCAUGGGCUACACCAGAACUGAAAUUGAAGAGAGUUUAGCAAAUGCAAAAUACGAUGAUGUUUUUGCAACGUAUCUUCUCCUUGGAAGGAAGUCAUCAGAUCCUGAAAGUGAUGGUUCGAGAUCUGGAAGUUCUUUGUCACUUCGUAAUAUUCCACCAGCCGUGACCCAGGGUAAUGCACAGUCACCUUCUCAUGGGCACCGUGGUGUACAUCGAUCAAGUUCAGCAACGAAUGCCAAACCUAGCCGGAGAGCGUCCUCUGGUGGUGAAACUUUGCGUGAGUCACCAGCUACUGCUGCUGGGGGGGCUCCAACUGGGACACCUAAUGUGAGCAACCAUAAUCAUGCACCAACGAGUAAUUUCAAGCGUCAAAAUACUGUAGACUCUGCAACAAUAAAGGAGAAUACAGCGCGAAUAAAUUCAGCAAGUGCAGCAACGCGCCCAGCCCCUCCAAAAAAUACGGCGGCCAUUCCAGUAUUAGAUUCAAGUGCAGCAAGUGGAGCAAGCCCAGGGAAACCUCGAAGUGUCACAAAAUCUAAUACUAUGUCUGGUAAUCGUGCGCUUACUCCUGGUGGUUCUGUGGGCCGGAGAACAACGUUAAGUUAUGAAGCAAAGGCUGCUUCCAAUGAAAAGACAAAUGCUACCAUUGAGAGUCCCAGCACGUUGGGGGCAGGAGACAGCUUGCCGGUAGCUGUUCGAUCGGCUAAGGGCCAUAUCAAGUCUGCGUCCAUCUCAACAUCUGGCAGGGCCGAACAUGCGACCUUAGAAACCCCUAUAGAUCCUCUCAGGCAAAGCACGGGAGUGAGUAGUGGAGCGGGCACGGGUGCUGGUGGAGGAGGAGUGACCAUGGUAACAACUGGUGGUGGUCGUGGACCACCAGUUUCUCCGGCUGUAAGCAACAGACAGCCGUUCCCUCGCAAUGUCCCAAGUCGCUCAACGUUCCACAGUGGACAGAAUCGUCGUAACCAUACGGCUGCUGCGUACGGGCUGGCCACUCCUCUCCAAACGCAAGACACGUCUGCAAUUACCCAUUCGGGCAGGACAUCAUCAUUCUUUUCUAAAUUAUCCUCCAGAUUUUCUAAGCGACCCAUGGAUACGGUCCCUAAACAUGUAGUUAGCAGCACUGUCAAUGAUGAUCAGGUUAAACCUCGAUCAUUAAGAUUCACGUGGAGUAUGAAGACAACAUCAUCAAGGGACCCAAAUGAAAUAAUGGCAGAAAUACGAAAGGUAUUGGACGCUAACAACUGUGAUUAUGAACAACGUGAACGAUUCCUUUUGUUGUGUGUGCAUGGUGAUCCAAACACAGACUCACUUGUUCAAUGGGAGAUAGAAGUGUGUAAACUCCCUCGACUGUCCCUUAACGGAGUAAGAUUCAAGCGUAUCUCUGGAACAUCGAUUGGUUUCAAGAAUAUUGCAUCGAAGAUAGCGAAUGAACUGAAGCUGUGACUACCCGUUCUAGAGGGAGGCUGUAGUGAGGAUGAAGGUGGAACAGCACCUCAUUCCACAUCAACAGCUCCCUCAAGAGGCUGACGAUGGAAACUUGGCCCACGGCGGCCAUGGCGAUUCAGGCGAUAAUCUGUGGAGCCAUUUGAAGAUGAAUGCUUGCCCCCCCCACCCCUGCAGCUCAACCAGUAUAAUGCUUGAAUAUGUAGAACACCACUUCCUUACUUCAUGGAGCAGUCAGUAGCCUCUGUACAGUGUUCAAAGUUCGGCUUUUUAUUUUUAUUUUUUCUGCCCUUCGGUAGUGUGAUGAUGUGGCUUAGGCAAGAAAUGCAUUUCUUCAUGAAGCAGGAUUUGGAACUUUCAUCCAUUAAUGGCUCAGACUUGUAUAUACUCAAUGAUCCAUGAAAAAUAAUCUCUUCCAAAGUGCUCUGUUUUCACAAUUUAUUUAUUUUCAUUCUGUAAAUAUUUCAGUUACCUUCAGAAUCCAAUCCACAUUUUCUACAGUCCUUGAGAUUUCACCUAAAGAUUUUAUACAGUUGGAACAUUUUUCAGUAAUUGUAUGGAAUUAACAUAAAAUUGACAUGAAAUUUAGUGUAAAUGAACUUAUUCAUUUGUAGGUCUAAUGUUGUAAUAAUCACACAUUUGCUGUUUUAUAUUUGGCACCAUGAAAUCAAUGGGGCUGUUGAUCUCAGAUAUUCGUCAUGUACAUAGUGAUUUUGGGAAAUAACAGCAAUUUUCCACUGUUUUUGCAGCAUCAUGUUGUAAGCAAGGCUGAAGCUCUGAAAUAUUUGUAAGAUAAUAAAGACUCACAGUGUAACUUGCAAUAUUCAAUAGCCUAUUCCUUGUUUCAAAUAGCAUAAUUCGUAAAAUAAUGGUUUUGUGCUUCUUUUAAUUUGUAAUAGGGGCAGAGACAACCUGAUUAAAUAGACAGGCCUUCCUCCUACACCUCUGCUGCGCCCUUUCCUGUCCCCCCCCCCCCCUCCUCUCUCUCUCUCUCUCUCUCUCUCUCUCUCUCUCUCUCUCUUUCCUCCUCCUCCUCCUCCUCCUCCCCCACCCCCACCCCCACCCCUCGCCCCUCCUUGACUUCCAUGAACGUACUAAAUAUAUUUCGGGUUGUUAUCCACCAGUACAUGAAGUAGUGCUGCUGUUCAGUGUUUUGGGGGCGGGGGGGGGGGGGGGGGGGGGGGGGGGGGGGUUGGGAGAAAGAUAUGUUAGUUUAUAGGGUACUCCUAGUGGACAAAAAUGAGGUCGUAGGGCCAUCUGUACUUAAUUGUCAUCAUUUUUGGUGAGUAGUUUUCCAGGUCAACCUAACCAUUCACACGAAUAUUGAACCUAAACCCUAAUUUUGGUAAGUUACAUUUCUUGUGUUUGUUGUUGAAUAGGCCAUUGCAGGUUAGUCAAGGAAUGUGAGAAUUGGAUUGUGGAGAGGAGUAGAUAAUGACUGUUAACAAAAAGCACCUCAUAAUAUCUUACUGAUAUAUACUGGCUUUCAGUGCUUUUGUUGUGUUAGUUACUUCAUGUAUCUGUGGUUAGUAACACUCUGCCUUAUGCCCUUGUUUGUUAAAAAUAAGAGGAGGCAGGUUAGAGACUAUGAACUCAACAGAGUUUUAAAUUUAAAAAAAAGUGGAGAGAUGAAUCAUCUGAAACUAAAUCAUAGGGAAAGAUUUUUUAUACCCUCUGCCUAUGGCACUUAUGGUGUAUGAUUUCCUAAGGGAACACUAGCAUCACAGAUGUUUUUAUAAUGUCAGACAUUUUUAUAAUAUGUAUGCUUGUGGUGCAUAGUUAUGUCAGUCUUGCUACUUGUAUGAUCGGGUCAAAAAUUCAUCUGCAAACUGUUGGAGUCAGUGCAUUUUUCAGGUACUCUCACAGUCAAGUAAGUAGUCUAAUGAAUGUGGAGUUGAGUUCAGAUAUCUACAAAAUGGGACUGUAUGCAGUCCUGAAAAAUGAAAUUUUCUAGUGCCUUAUUUAUGUUUCCGUAUUUAUUAAAUUCACUUGGAAAAUAUCAGUAAAUGUUGAAAUAAGCAUGUGUCAAGAAUCAGUUAGCAUCAUUUGGUUUCCUCUGUUUCUGUUGUUAAUACUCAUUUAAAAUAGAGUUUCCUUUAUAAAGUAAAUACCUUUGUGAGGAUCAAAAGUAUCAAAUAAGAGACUCUGGUGUAUCAAUAGGUUUGACCUAUUUGUGAUAAAUAAAUUACUUUGAUACAGCCAAAAUUAA